AUGGAGGAGAGGCUGAAGAAGCUCGAGGCGGCAGGGGGUCCCGUGGUUCUCAGGCUGGUGGAGCACAUGGUGCAGAGGGAUGCGGGAAAGCGGAAGACGGUUAAGGAGUACAUUCGAAGGAUGGAGAAGCCGGGGACACUGUUCCCGCGGUCGUUCGGCUCUUUCCUCUUCCCCCUCCUAGCCACCAUGCACGCCGGCGAGGGCGCCGGGGAAGACGGCGACCCCGCCUCCGCCGCCGCCCCUCCCUCUCCUGCCGACGGGAGCAAGCGACCACCCCCCGAACACCACGACGACGGCGGCGGCGGCGGCGGCGGUGGCGGUUGCAAAGGUGGAGCGAUAAGGUCUCCCGACGAGCGACUGGCGCUGGUGGCGCGGUCGUACGGGAGGGCCAUGUGCGAGCUUGCGGGGACACCGGACCCGGAGGGGCACGCCCUGCUGCAGGCGGCCCUGGCGGAGGCGGGGGGGGGGGGGGGGGGGAUUCCC